CGGCCCGCACCGCCAAGUAUCUAGUAGAUAAAAAGCCGCCGAUCCGCCGACAACCUCGACGCACCGUCGCACCGCUCUCGAAAACAAACAAAACGCAAACGCACACAAAAUAAAAAUAAAAAUAAAUGUAAAUGGCAUAAGAAUAAGAAGGAAAUAAGAAUCGAAUCGCCGUAUAUAUCUCUCUCGAUCCGCUGCUAUAGUGCCGCGGCCUGAACUGAACAAUCGAGCAAAGCUAAAGCCACGGCUAAAGCUGAAAUUUAUGCAAACAAAAUCGAAUAGAAAUAGCGAAAGCAGGCAGCGAAUAGAAUAUAAAUCCAAUAAAUCGGCGCGCGAAACCCGCGAGUGUUAUCUAAUCUGCAAGAGAAGUACCAGAAUCGGAAUCGGAAUAUAUAUAUAUAUAUAUACAUAUAUAUAUAAUACAUAUGAUAUAUAAUACAUAAUAUAGCUAUAUACUAAACAGAGCGCGAGUGUGUGUGCCGGCCGACCUUUGUUUUGUAUUUUUUGUCGUUACUGUUACUCUGUGUGCAAACGUGCUCUAUAUAUAAUAUAUAUCCCAGCGAUCUGAAGCCAGAUCGGGAUCAAUAACAACAUCAGCGCUACUUGGAAAACUCAACAAAAAAAUAAUAAUAAUGGCCAUCAAGCAGAGGAAGCAAUCGGAGUGGGCCACGGCGACCGGCACAGUGCCGCUCCUGGAUAUGGACAGGAGCAGUGCCUGCUGCAGUUCCUCCUCCACCUCCACCUCCUCCUCAUUCACCUCCACCUACUCCUGCCCCACCCCCGCCUCAGCCACCCUCGAAGAUAUCCACAGCAGAUCCCGCAGAGCCAUCUCCGCCGAGAAGCUAACCUGCCAUCUGCGUCACCUGCUCCUCGCCGGACUGCUCCUAUGUUUGGCUUUGGCGGGCGGGGCGGAGGGGCGGCGGCAUGCGCCGCUCAUGUUCGAGGAGUCCGACACGGGCAGGCGCUCCAACCGACCAGCAGUCACCGAAUGUCAAUUUGGCAAGGUUCUGCGUGAAUUGGGCUCGACCUGGUAUGCGGAUUUGGGUCCACCCUUUGGCGUUAUGUACUGCAUUAAGUGCGAAUGCGUGGCGAUACCCAAGAAGCGCCGCAUCGUUGCACGCGUCCAGUGUCGCAAUAUCAAGAACGAGUGUCCGCCAGCGAAAUGCGAUGAUCCCAUCUCCCUGCCUGGAAAAUGCUGCAAGACCUGUCCCGGCGAUCGGAACGAUACGGAUGUUGCCUUGGAUGUGCCAGUGCCCAACGAGGAGGAAGAGCGCAACAUGAAACAUUACGCUGCGCUACUCACGGGCCGCACUUCCUACUUCCUCAAGGGCGAGGAAAUGAAGUCCAUGUACACCACCUACAAUCCACAGAAUGUGGUGGCCACCGCUCGCUUUUUGUUCCACAAGAAAAACCUUUACUACUCCUUCUACACCUCGUCGCGCAUCGGUCGCCCUCGGGCCAUCCAGUUCGUGGACGAUGCCGGCGUUAUCCUGGAAGAACAUCAGCUAGAGACCACCCUGGCGGGCACCUUAAGUGUCUAUCAAAAUGCCACUGGUAAGAUUUGCGGCGUCUGGCGGCGAGUGCCAAGGGAUUACAAGCGCAUCCUUCGCGACGAUCGCCUCCAUGUGGUCCUCCUGUGGGGCAACAAGCAUCAGGCAGAAUUGGCCCUCGCCGGCAAGGUGGCCAAGUAUACGGCAUUGCAGACAGAGCUCUUUAGUUCGCUGCUGGAACCACCACAGACCAUCAAUGGCAGGGCUGAUCCCCAGCUGGCGGGAGCCGGUGGCACGGCCAUUGUGUCCACUAGCAGUGGAGCAGCCUCCUCCAUGCACUUGACCCUGGUCUUUAAUGGUGUCUUUGGGGCCGAGGAGUUCGCCGAUGCCGCUCUGAGUGUUAGGAUCGAGCUGCCGGAACGCAAGGAGCUGGUCUUUGAUGAGAUUCCCAGGGUGCGCAAACCCUCCGCCGAAAUCAAUGUCCUGGAGCUAUCGUCGCCCAUUUCCAUACAGAAUCUGCGGCUCAUGUCGAGGGGCAAACUCCUGCUGACCGUUGAGUCUAAGAAGUAUCCUCAGCUCCGCAUCCAGGGCCAUAUUGUGACUCGGGCGAGCUGCGAGAUCUUCCAGACUCUGUUGGCUCCCCACAGCGAUUCGGCGACCAAGAGCAGCGGCCUGGCCUGGGUCUAUCUGAACACGGACGGCUCUUUGGCCUACAACAUCGAGACGGAGCAUGUGAACACCCGGGACAGGCCGAACAUCAGCCUGAUCGAGGAGCAGGGCAAACGAAAGGCCAAGCUGGAGGACCUCACCCCAAGCUUCAACUUUAACCAGGCUAUCGGCAGUGUGGAGAAGCUUGGACCGAAGGUUCUAGAGUCCCUCUAUGCCGGCGAACUUGGCGUUAAUGUGGCCACCGAACAUGAGACCAGUCUGAUCCGCGGUCGCCUUGUGCCCCGUCCGGUGGCCGAUGCCCGUGACUCCGCCGAACCCAUUCUCUUGAAGCGGCAGGAGCACUCAGACUCGAACCAACAGAAUCCACAUGCCGUCGGCAUGGCUUGGAUGUCCAUUGAUAACGAAUGCAACCUACACUAUGAGGUAACCCUCAACGGUGUGGCCGCCCAGGAUCUGCAACUGUAUCUGGAGGAGAAGCCCAUCGAGGCCAUUGGGGCGCCGGUGACGCGAAAAUUGCUGGAGGAAUUCAAUGGCAACUAUCUGGAGGGCUUCUUCCUCAGCAUGCCCUCGGCGGAACUGAUUAAGUUGGAGAUUAGCGUCUGCUAUCUGGAGGUCCACUCGAAGCACACCAAGCAGCUCCUGCUCCGUGGCAAGCUGAAGAGCACCAAGGUGCCCAAUCACUGCUUCCCCGUUUACACGGACAACAAUGUCCCAGUGCCGGGGGAUCACAAUGACAACCAUAUGGUGACCGGGGAGACCAAGUGUUUCCACUCAGGACGUUUCUACAACGAAUCGGAGCAGUGGAGGAGUGCCCAGGACCAGUGCCAGAUGUGCGCCUGCCUCCGCGGCCAGUCCAGCUGCGAGGUAAUCAAGUGUCCGGCCCUCAAAUGCAAAUCCGCAACGGAGCAGCUCCUCCAGCGUGAGGGUGAGUGCUGUCCCAGCUGUGUGCCCAAAAGGGAGGUGACUGCUAUUGGCUCCGGAUCUUCCUCGGCCUCUUCCUCCUCUGUCAUCGUUGGCGAUAGUUCGCCGGCCACCAAUGCCACGGAUCUGCUGCAGCAACGACGGGGUUGCCGGCUGGGCGAACAGUUCCAUCCCGCUGGCGCCAGCUGGCAUCCCUUCCUGCCACCGAAUGGCUUUGAUACCUGCACCACCUGCAGUUGUGAUCCUUUGACCCUGGAGAUUCGCUGUCCGCGUCUCGUAUGUCCGCCACUGCAGUGCAGCGAAAAGCUGGCAUAUCGGCCCGACAAGAAGGCCUGCUGCAAGGUCUGUCCCGAGGGCAAGCAGAGCAGCUCCGGCGGCCACAAGACGACUCCGAACAAUCCGAAUGUGCUGCAGGAUCAGGCCAUGCAGCGAUCGCCCAGCCACACGGCCGAGGAGGUCCUGGCCAACGGCGGCUGCAAGGUGGUCAACAAGGUGUACGAGAACGGCCAGGAGUGGCACCCGAUCCUCAUGUCCCACGGCGAGCAGAAGUGCAUCAAGUGCCGCUGCAAGGACUCCAAGGUAAACUGUGACCGCAAGCGCUGCUCCCGCUCCACAUGCCAGCAGCAACAGCAGCAGACGAGGGUCUCCAGCAAGCGGCGAUUGUUUGAGAAACCGGACGCAGCUGCUCCGGCGCUGGACGAGUGCUGCUCGACGCAAUGCCGGCGCUCCCGGCGUCACCACAAGCGUCAGCCUCACCAUCAGCAGCAGCGCUCCGCCGGCGCCAGCAGCAGCUGAGCAGCUCGAAAGGAUCGGGAUCCUGGGAGCUGGGAUCCAAAGCCACCCAUAGAACGUCAUUGUUGUCCGUCACAUGGCUAGGGGCAGCAAUGGAAACUUGUAUUAUAUAUAUGAAGGCAGAAAUGGGAAUCCAGAGAAAUAGAGAGAGCGAGAUAGAGAGCAAAGAGGGAGAUAUCAAGAGAGGGAGAAAGAGAGAGAGAGAGAGAGAGAGUAGUGAUCCUGAGAAAGGAGCUUAAAACCAGUGCAGUUUGCUUUAAAUUCUCCAGCGUAGAAUUUUUCUAUUGAAAGCAUUUUCUGAAUUUCUUUUCCCGUAACUACCCCCCACCCACCACAAAACGAACAUUAAAAUUAAAUUUUAAUUUAUUUAAAAAAAAUACAAAAAAUUAAAAAAAAAAACAACAAAACCAAAAAAAAUCACACACACACAAAAGAAUUCGAAAUUAAAACUGUACUGAGUUUUAAAAAAACACAAAACAUUUGACUUAUUGAAAAUACUUAAAGGAAGGCAGGAUAUAGAAAACAUAAAGAAAAACAAAAACUAAAAAAAAAAAACACGAAAUUUCAAUUCAUUUAAAUUCAAAUUUAAAUUGCAAUUUGAAAGCAAAGAAAGCGAGAAAAGCAGAAAAGCAGUUAGCAAUUAGCAGAUAGCAAUUAGAGAUGAGAGCUAAUCGAUAAUCGGCUAUCGCGUGGGAAUAUUAUCUUAAAUCUAAUUAUUCUGAUUAUACAUACAGACAUAUAUACAAUAUUUUUUUAUAUAUACAUAUAUAUACACGCAUAUAUAUCUAUAUAAUUUAUGAGAAACAAAACACAGUGGGAAACGCAUUUGGCGCACGGUUGCAUGUCUCUGUGCCUAUCGACAUUUGUAUCGAUAGACAGCCCAAAACGUUUCAACUGAUUGACUGAAUGGAAAAAUAAAUGUAGUUUUAAACAAAAUACUUAUGUUUUCUUCGCGAAAGAAAAAAAGCGGAAAGCAAAUGAAGGAAAUUGAAAACGCAGCUUUUCAAUGUGAAAUUAUUUUUUACUAAUUGUUACUCACACACAUUACACAUACACACACACAUACGCACACACAUUAUAAGAUUGUUUAUAUUUUAUAAAUUAACAAAAAAAUGAAAUACAUUUUACGAACCAUUUUCAAUAAUUAUUGUACAAAAUUUGUUAGAGAAAACUAUUU